AACAUUGCAUCUGUUUCCUGCACCAGCAGAAAUCUCCCUGCACCCCAUUCAGCACAAACACCAGCCCUCACUCCAGCCACUGCCUUUCAUUGACAGCAAUUCCUACCAAAUUAAUCAAAGUGCUUUUUCAGAGUUGCCUUCACUGGGUUUGGACAAAAGAAGAAAAUUGGUGACUACCAAUACAAAUUAGGUAACUGUGGCAGAACAAAUGGGAAGCGAAAUGAAAGGAAAAGGCCUCUUGAUUUCCUUCACACUGUUGGUUCUUGCUGGACUCGGUGACUGUCGCCUGAAGUUAGACAGCACCACUGAGAUCAAAGGAGUGAAAGGAAGGUCUGUUCUUCUCCCAUGUGAAAUGACUGGAUUCAAUGAAAAUCUACUCGAGAUAGUUAACAUUAGCUGGCAUAAGUACCAACCGAGGGAGAUACUGGUUUAUACCGACGGUGCUCACAUCAACAUAACAGCAAAGGAGUAUGCUGGUCGGGUCAGGCUGAAUCCUUUAUUCCAGUCCAACAUGUCUUUACUGAUCAGUGACUUGGUAAAUAACGACAGCACUUAUUACCGAUGUGAGGUUAUUUGGCAUUAUAAAGGGAUGACGAAGAAGAGGAGCCUCCAUAAAGAUAUUUUUCUCGAUCUUGAGGAAGUUCCAGUUUCCAAACCGGUGGUGACUGAGGAGCCUGGGCCACUUGUGGUUCUUUUGGGAGACCCUUUCCAUUUGCAUUGUCAAGCUGCUAAUGGAUCUCUCCCCAUUGAAUACUAUUGGUACAAACACAAGCCGACAGACAUCCGAACAGUCCGGAAGAUGGAGAUGGGGAUGAACUAUUCCAUUGAAAGCACAAAAGCCAGGGACGGUGGACUUUAUCAUUGCGCGGCACUCAACACUGCCAAUGGGAAGAAGCUGAAGGAACGAAGUAAUCUAGUUGAAAUCAUUGUAGCAGAGCCUCCCCCCAAACCUGUGGUUGUUGUGGACCCUCCAGUAGCUGCCCUUGUGUUUGGUCAGCCGGUUCACUUGUUCUGCACCGUGCCCGUCAUCCAACAGGACAUUCAGUACAGAUGGAGGAAGGAUAAAUUACUCCUGCAGUCCAGCAGUCACAACAGUAGCCUUCAGAACCUCACUCUUCACGGCCUAGCAGAGAAACAAAGUGUCGCCUACGAGUGCGGCACCACCAGCAACGUGAAAGGACACCAGUUUGAAACAUGGAGCGACAAGGUUGAACUAUCAUUGAUGGGGGAUUCAGCAUGGGAUUCGCAGGUAUUAGUCCACAGUGCCAGUGGCGUUGGAAUCAGUCUCUUCAUCCUGUUGCUGGCAGGGCUGGUGGUUCUGUUUUUCAAAGUGCAUAGAAGAAGGAAGACAAAGCCACAAAUUAAAAGCUUGUCACGAAAUAAUUCAGAGAACCAGCAUAAAAUAUCUCGAAAUAAUGAAGACCAAAUAAACACAAAGGCUGGAAGUAAGAGUGUUGAGCCAUACAUUGAAAGAGCCCAGGAUCUCAAAAAGGCAGCAGUGCUCCGGGAGAAAAUGGAGGCGGCGUCUUGGAAUUAUCAAUACAAUGCACUUCGGAUGAAAGAAAGCCAGAAAUACACAAGUAACCUUGUACAACCAUACGUUAUGCCAAAGCCCAAGCCAUGCAUCAAAGAAGUAGAUAAUGCAUCUUUGGAUUCAACAUAUGCUGUCCCUGCUGCCUUAUGCUUGAAUAUACCCAUGGAUACAGAUUCAGAUGAAAUCUAUGAUGUUCCACCCCGAAGAAUGUGAUGCCGAAAUGUUGCUCCCAGGAAAAAGGCAGUAGCACAAGUUUAAAGGAAGCUAAGAUCAUGAAAGCACAAACAGCUUCAGAGGCUCAAAUUGCCAUCUCAAUGUUUCAACAGGAAUCUGCAUGAAAACCCUGCCAGUUAGUAACAAGAACACU